UAAAUUUGCAAAAUGGCAGUGCAAAUAAAUACACCAUUGACUCCAUCUUGCAGUACUCCAUCAGCUUCACGAAGAAAAUCUCUUCACACACAAAAUUUAUUAUCAUCAGCUUUGUUAGAAAAUAAUGAUGAAGCUGAAAGAUUGGCUAGACGCCGUGAAAUUAAUACUACCACCAUAUCAGCAGAGAAUGUAAAUACAAAAAAUAAACGACAGUCAUUAGGACUCAGUUUUUUAGCCCAAAUGUCAGCACCUGAGAUAAAAGACAAAAUAACUGAAUGUGUAAAACUUAGCACUGAAAAUAAAAUUAAUGUAAAAAAUGCAUUUAGCCUUGAAAUAAUCGACUUUAUGACUUAUAUGAUAAAAAAAAAGGAUGCCAAUAUGACUAAUCUACAAUUAGCCAGUACCUCCUUAGAUGUAAGCACUAAAAUCUAUGGUUUUCGUGUAGAUGGUGUUUACACACAAUUAAUGAAAAUGGCUGGUGGAUUAGAUAAAGAAAGAGAUGAGAAUUCAACUGAUGAUACAGAAAGCAAUUUAAAUAAUAAAGAAGCUCAAAUAGAUAAUCUACAAGACCAAAGUAAAAAGAGAAAAAAGAAAAGUAGGGUAAAGAUUUUUGGUACAGUAGAUAGUUUAAAAGGAAUUGUUGAAACUAUGAAACCUUCAUUAUGGAUAAUGGAAAAUGAAGAUUCACAAACUACAGAUGCAUUAUACCAAGUAAUGCUGUCAAAUCAUGCAUCUUCUAAGUUUUAUUUACACAUGUACAAUGAUGUUAUGGUGGAUACCAUAGAACAUAAAAUAAAUAGUAAAACCACAGAAGUGGCUAUUCCAAGAAUAGAAGAUUUCUCUGAAGUAGAAAUCUGUUUACCUUUAACUAAUUUCGAAUUUCAAGGUUGGACCAAUGAUAAUGAAGAAGAAGAAGAAGAAAAAGAAGAAGAUAAGGGUACACAAUUAGAAAAAAAUAAUGAAGACAGAUUUCAAUUUGAUUUAGAUGCUAGUCUGCCAUCAGAGAAUGAAGCAAUCAAUAAUGAUAUAAGUUACUUAGAUAUUCAGAAUGAAAACGAGAAUGUAGACAGAUGUAUUGAAACACAAAAGCCAAUACAAAAAAUUGUAGACUUAUGCAAAGUUGUAUCCAACACUAAUGUUUCUAAAAAAUCUGAGUAUUCUUUCCUUCAGAAAAACAUCAGCCUACAUUGGGCUGGUCCAUCUCAUUGGAGACUAAGUAAUUGGUCCAAACUCUUUAGAGAGAGAAAAAUUAUAGAAACGUGUCAACAGAAACCAGAUAGAAAAAGGAAAGAAAUAGAAUUAUGCUAUAGUGACAGUAUAAAAGAAGCGAUAAUAGAAAAUUUUUUACCCAGUAAAGCAUUAAAAUUGAAUGCUAAAAACAUAGAAUGGCAGGAAGAAGUAAAUACACUACCGCGAGAUAUGAAUUAUAAUAUUGCAAGUGCUAGUAGGUUGUACCUUUAUAAAUCAAUAGAUUUAUAUACGGAAAAAAAAGAUAAAUUAAAUGCUACUCGUAUAUCUGAUAUAGAUAAUUAUGAUUACAAUAAUGAAAAUGAUGUAUCAGAUUAUUGCCCUAAUGUUUCCAAUACAGAUUAUGGAACAAAUGAGUACAAUAAUGAGAAUGAAUGUAAUAACGGGUCGGAACACGAUGAGAUAGAUACGCAAAUGAUUUUUACUGGAGAUAACUUGGUGUCUAUUCCAAAAUUAACAAAUAAAAUAUCCAUCGCGUAUAGUAUUCGAGUACAAAGGAUAGAUAUGCGACAAUUGAAAAAGUCCAUUUGGAAAAGUCUCACUUUAAAUAAUGUUGAAGAAAAUACAAAUGCACAGAAUACAGAAAACCAGCAAGAAGAAUAUAAAAUGAAGGAAAGCAAAAGUUUUAGUGAAGUAUAUAAAACAUUGCCAGAUAUGUUAACAAAAAACAACAAAGAAGCUCUGAGUUUUCCUAUUUCUUUUGUAUCUUUAUUACAUUUAGCAAAUGAGAAAACAUUAAAAAUACAAGGCGUUCCAGAUAUGUCUGAUCUUAUUGUGGAAACAAACUAA